AUGAUGCCCAUGAUCCUGCUUGGUCUGAUGGGCUGCAUGCUCUUUAUAGCCCAAGCCAUCUUCAGACGACAAAGAAACGAGCACGCUCUCGACCACAUUCCCACUCACAGCUUUGCUGAUGGCAAUAACUCUCGGCAGCGGUACCUGACGAAUCUCAGAAACCUUCUCGAAUCCGGCUACCGACGUUACAACAAAGCUGACAAAGCCUUCAAAGUUACUAUCCCCAUUGGCGGCUACGCCAUCAAGUACCGCGUCGUGCUCCCCAAAUCCCAUCUGGAGGAGAUUAAGCAUCUCUCCAACAAUAUCUUUAGCUGGCAGCUUGCCUCGCGUAUUAUUUUCGCGCAGGAUUACACCGGCGCUCCUGACCGCGGCCAGUGGUCCGGAAAAGCCUUGCGCGUAGGUAUUCACCAGAACUUGGGUGAUAUCACGAAGCAGCUUAACCUACGCAUUUCCCAAUACUUCAGCCUGCACCUACCCCAGCAAAAGGGCAGCGUCGGGACGGUCAACCUCAUGGAGUUCUUUAUUCCCACGAUCACGUACGUCACAAACGCGCUGCUCGUCGAUGAGCGCCUCUCGUCUGAUCCGACGUGGCUCAAGGAGACCGCCGACUUCGCCGUUACCCGCUACGGCGCCGCCGACGACGUACGGCGGUGGCCUCCCUACCUCGCCUCUAUCGUCGCCCCUAUGAUCCCCUCCGUACGCCGCCUGCGCAGGCAGCGCGAAUAUGUGAUGAAGCGAUUACAGCCACUGUACAACGAGCUGAAAGCGGCCGGCCAGCUAGAUAAGCAUAACAAGACCCGGCAGAAGGGAGCUCUAGGCUACGAAUGGCUUUGGGGCGGCUCGCCUGACAACGUCACACUGCGCGACUUCUCCGACACGAUGAUGCGUACUAUGAUCGCCGCUAUCCACACGACAGCUAAGACUAUUAGCGUUGCGUUGAUUGACCUGCUCACUCAGCCGGAGCUACUAGCGGAGCUAAAGCAAGAGGCCCAGGAGGCCACUUCAGCCGACGCUAGCUGGGUCGAUAUUGAGCGACUAACAAAGCUCGACUGCUUUCUCAAGGAGUCGCAGCGACUGAGCCCUGUUUUCCUACGUAAGGCACUCCAACUUCCCUGCUGCCCCUAUAGUUACUACCGACACCACAACUCACACAAAGGUCUCGUAGUCACUAUGAAUCGCAUCGUUACCCAAGACUACACAUUCAAAUGCUCGGGGCUUAAGCUCCCCAAGGGCACGAUGGUCACAGCACCCGCGGCCGCCAUCGCCACUGACCCAGAGACUUUCGCGGAUCCGGAAGUCUUUGACGGGCACCGCUACCGCCGGCUGCGCGAGCAGCACAAAGAAGGUGCCAGCUCCCUCGUGCUUGGCAUGUCGACCAUCGACUCCCUCGGCUUCGGCCUGGGCAACCAGGCCUGCCCCGGCCGCUUCUUGGCCGUCAACAAUCUGAAGCUGAUGCUCGCCCGCCUGUUAACUGGCUGGGAGCUCAGUCUGGAGAAGAACGGGCAGGAGUACAACGGCAAUCGCCCGAACAUUGAGUACAACGACUUUUCAGUCGUGCCUCCAAGCGAGUACAGCAUGCGUCUCAGGCGGUUAUGA